UGGCCCUAAUUUCACAUUUACGGGUUUUGUGUGACCUAUCAGUUGAUUAACAACAUCAAUAUUCGAUCUAAUUAUUCAGUAAGACACAGACCUAAGAAGAGAGCAGUGUUUCAAAAAAUGGGAUCUAGACACUUACUAGAAGUCGAUGAGGAUGUUUUAGAACUGAUAGUGAAGUUGUUGAAUUAUUCUUCUAUAGAUUCGUUUAAUGAAGAUGUCAGAAAAGUUAAAGAAUGGAUUAUGAAACAACCGCAUUUUCCAGAAGUUAUGGCUCACAAGAAAAUCCAAAAUUUUCUCAUAUUAAACAAAGGAAGCGUUGAAAAAAGCAAGGAAAAAAUAGAAAAUUAUUAUACUGUAAGAUCUCGAUUACCUGAAAUAUUUGAUAAUAUUCAUCCGAAACUCUCUUAUAUGGAAAAUGUCAAGGCAUCGGUCUUCUUCGUUCCUCUUCCAAAGCUAACAAAGGAACAUUACAGAGUCUUUUUCUAUAAAAUACGUGAUGCACAGUUAGCUGAAAAAGUUGAUAAUGUCAAUUUUGUUCGUUUGUUGGUGAAUAUCCAAGAAAUUCGUAUGGCCGAAGAUGUUACCUAUGGAGACGUGUUUAUAUUCGAUGGUAAAGAUACAACUCUACGAUUGAUGCUCAAGGCAACACCGAUGAUCAUUUAUAGGACCCUGAUUGUUAUAUACAAGCAAGUUUUCUCAAAUCGACUCAAAGCUGUCUACAUUAUCAACGCUCCCCCUUAUACAGAGAAACUCGUUGCUGUUCUUAAGAGCAUUCUAAAGCCUAAACUAUUGGCUCGAAUACACUUUUGUGGCAAUUCGGAUGUUUUAUUUGAAAAGAUCGGAAAAGAUGUUCUUCCGAUAUGUUAUGGAGGCAAAGAAAAAUCUCUUGAAGAAUUGCAAGAAAUGCUUCAUGAAAAAUUUAAACAGCGUGAGGAUUAUUUUACACAACUAGACAGGCUUCGUAUAGAUCAGGCUUUGAAACCUCAAAGAGUUAAAAAUGAUACAAUGUUUGGAUUUCCUGGCAAUUUUAAGAAAUUAGAAAUUGAUUGAUUAUUAUUAUUUAGUGUAUUUUUGAAAUGUACCUUUUUAUGACUUACCUAGU